AUGUAUAGAAAGGUCGCAUUCAGCCUGUUGGCUGCCGCCGCCGCCGUCUCGGCUUCGGACGUCACCCAGCUCAAGAAGGACACCUUCGACGACUUCGUUGCGUCGAACGACCUCGUCCUCGCAGAGUUCUUCGCCCCUUGGUGCGGACACUGCAAGGCCCUCGCCCCCGAGUACGAGGAGGCCGCCACCUCCCUGAAGGAGAAGAACAUCCAGCUGGUCAAGGUUGACUGCACUGAGGAGGCCGACCUGUGCCAGUCCUACGGUGUUGAGGGUUACCCUACCCUCAAGGUCUUCCGCGGAAAGGACAACAUCACCCCCUACUCUGGCCAGCGCAAGGCCAACGCCAUCACAUCCUACAUGAUCAAGCAAUCGCUCCCCGCCGUUUCCGAGGUCACCAAGGAGUCGCUCGCCGACUUCAAGAACACCGACAAGGUCGUCCUUGUCGCCUACCUCGACGCCUCCGACAAGGAGUCGAGCGAGGUUUUCUCCAAGACUGCUGAGAAGCUCCGCGACUCGUACCCCUUCGGUUCGAGCAGCGACGCUGAGUUGGCCGAGGCUGAGGGUGUCAAGGCCCCCGCCAUCGUCCUCUACAAGACCUUUGACGAGGGCAAGGCCACUUUCUCCGAGAAGUUCGACGCCGAGGCCAUUGAGAAGUUCGCCAAGACGGCUAGCACCCCCUUGGUCGGCGAGGUCGGCCCCGAGACCUACUCUGGAUACAUGUCUGCCGGUCUUCCCCUGGCCUACAUCUUCGCCGAGACGGCUGAGGAGCGCAAGGAGCUCGCCGACAGCCUGAAGUCUCUGGCUGAGGAGUACCGCGGCAAGAUCAACUUCGCCACCAUUGAUGCCAAGCAGUUUGGUGCCCACGCUGGCAACCUGAACCUGCCCACCGACAAGUUCCCGUCGUUCGCCAUCCAGGAGACCGUCAAGAACCAGAAGUUCCCCUACAACAUUGAGAAGAAGAUCGACCUCGCCUCGAUCAAGGCCUUCGUCGAUGACUUCGCCGCUGGCAAGGUCGAGCCCAGCAUCAAGUCUGAGCCCAUCCCCGAGACCCAGGAGGGCCCCGUCACCGUCGUCGUCGCCAAGUCGUACAACGACAUUGUCCUCGAUGACACCAAGGAUGUUCUGAUUGAGUUCUACGCCCCGUGGUGCGGUCACUGCAAGGCCCUGGCCCCCAAGUACGACGACCUUGCUACCCUGUACGCUAAGAGCGAGUUCAAGGACAAGAUUGUCAUUGCCAAGGUUGACGCCACUGCCAACGACGUUCCCGAUGAGAUCCAGGGAUUCCCUACCAUCAAGAUGUACCCUGCUGGCGCCAAGACCGAGCCCGUCACCUACAGCGGCUCGCGCACUGUUGAGGACCUGAUCAAGUUCGUCAAGGAGAACGGAAAGUUCAAGGCUGAGGUUGAGGAGAAGACCAUCGAGGAGACCCCCGUUGCCCCUGCCGCCACCGAGAGCACCAGCAGCGAGGCUGCCAAGGAGAGCACUCACGAUGAGCUUUAG